AUGUAUCCAGCAGGAAGACUCCUGGGCUGGUGGACUUGUACGAUCAUGUAUGCGAGUGCUAGAAUGGGCGGUUAUGCUUGGGGUAUGGGUCCUAACAGGAGAUCAGAUGCGAGGUCGCUAUCACCUUUGAGCAAAGGUAUCGGUGCAGAUCAGUAUGAACCGCUACUUGAUUUCGUAGUUGUUCCAGCGCCUGCGCUGUGUAAGGAGAGGCGAGUAGCUGCCCCCGGAACCCUCACACAUACGAUGACCCAAACAGCUCAGAUAUCGACUUUCGAGCUGUUGGUCUCACGGUCCCAUAACUGCCGCCCAUCCAUCUCUAUCUGGCCCGCAGCAAAAGUCGGUCCCGACAUCAUCAAAGUCCCCCGGAACCAGCUGAGAUUCGCCCCCGGGACUGACUGGAUUGCCCCCGGAACUGAGGCUGUUACUGACGCUACAGACGAAUGGGAGACUGCGAUGAGAAGAUACCGGCCUGAGACACACGAAUCAUUGAAAGAAACAUGA